AUGAGCGCGAUCCUGUCGGCGGAUGAUCUGAACGAUUUUAUUUCGCCUGGGGUCGCGUGUAUCAAGCCCGUUGAAUCCCUUCCGCAGAAAAGCGCAAAGGAAAAGAAUCCGUACGAAGUUACCACGGAAGACAAAGUCGAGCCCGAGAAUCUUCCACAGGCCCAGAUCUCUUUGACGGAUUGUCUUGCUUGUUCUGGGUGUGUGACAUCGGCGGAGGCUGUUUUGAUUUCGCUGCAGUCCCAUACCGAGGUCCUCAACACCCUUGAUGCGCACCCCGAAAUUACCUUGGAGCAGAGACAAGCCGGGAUUUCAGCCAAUAUCGAGACAUCGGGCGAGGGGAAGAUAUUCGUUGCAAGUGUGAGCCCGCAAGUGCGGGCCAGCUUGGCAGCAACCUAUGGCAUCUCGGAGCGGCAAGCGGGAUACAUUAUCGACCAAUUCCUGCGCGGCCCGCAGGGGCUGCGGGGUGGCGGCAAGCAUGGGGGUGGAUUUGCUUGGGUUGUCGACACGAAUGUUAUGCGUGAAGCUGUCUUGGUGCUAACGGCUGACGAAGUGUCGGAGUCGCUCAACUCAAAGGAGACUACUGUGGGCAACGGGGAAGAAUUCGCCCUUCCCAAACGACCAAUUUUAUCUUCGGCAUGUCCAGGCUGGAUUUGUUAUGCUGAGAAGACACAUCCCUUUGUUCUUCCCCAUCUAUCAAGAUUGAAAUCCCCACAGGCUCUGUCAGGAACCUUCUUGAAGACCGUUCUGAGCAAAUCUCUUGGUGUACACCCGUCUCAAAUCUGGCAUCUGGCAGUUAUGCCAUGCUUCGAUAAAAAACUGGAAGCUAGCCGAGAGGAACUCACGGAUGUAUCCUGGCGACCCGACUAUACACCGGAAGAUUCCCCAGCCCAGCCACCUAUUCGCGACGUCGACUGUGUCAUCACUUCAAGAGAACUUCUUUCGUUGGCUUCUUCACGAGGUCUGUCGCUGCCGAAACUGCCUCUACAACCGGUUCCUGCGUCUUACAACCUGCCUUUCCCGGAGAAAACACUUGAUUCUUUCAUUUCAUUCCAGACUUCCCCAGCACAGCAAUCUUUGGAAACUUCUACUUCUGGUGGCUACCUACAUCACGUUCUGAAAACCUUCCAAGCCCGCAAUCCGGGAAGCGAGUUGGUGACUAAUCGCGGUCGAAACGCGGACGUCGUUGAAUACGUACUCACGUCUCAAGAGGGGCAGCCAAUUAUGAAGGCGGCACGAUACUAUGGCUUCCGAAACAUUCAGAAUCUGGUCAGAAAGUUGAAGCCUGCCCGAGUAUCGAGGCUUCCUGGUGCGAAGCCUUUGGCUGCAAAUCGUCGUCAGCCGAUGUCUCGCAAUGCCGCCUCCGGAGGCUCAGGGUCAGAUUAUGCCUAUGUCGAGGUCAUGGCUUGCCCUGGUGGUUGCACCAAUGGUGGAGGUCAAAUCCGGAUAGAGGAUGCUCGUGAAAUCGCGAACUCUUCCCAGACUCUGGAAACGCCAGAAUCCUCUGAUACAUUAGCCAAACCAUCACCACACGAACAGCGUGCUUGGCUUGCCCGUGUGGACGAGGCCUACUACUCCAUGGAAUCCGAUUCUGAUAUCGAAGUCGAGGUCCAGAACCCUUCUUUGUCUAUCGCAGACAAGGAAGCCCAGAUCCACGAAGGACUGCGCCGAUGGUCGCAGUUCAUGGGAAUCUCCCUUUCAAAGCUUGUCUAUACGACCUACCGCAAAGUGGAAAGCGACGUCGGAAAAGAGCAAGACACUUCCAAUGACACAAGUCGCGUGGUCGAGCUUGCCGGAAAGAUCGGCGGUGGCUGGUAA